GACAGUGUUCAUUUCAGGUCUCGGCUCCUUUGUAUGCAGUGCCUACCUCUCCAUCAGAGAGCCUUCACCCGGAGGCCAAGGGUAGCCUUGAAGUGACAGUGUGCACUGAAGAGCCCCUGCUUUCUGCAGCGCAGCUUUCGAAUGGGAACCUCCUGAGCGUCACGCUGGAGGCAGCGUAUUCUGUCCCCGAAGAAUUUGCUCCCGCUGGACCCCUCCAAAACUACAUGGCUUGUCUGCAAGUCCCAGCAGCCGGGGAGAAAGAAUUCCCCUUGCUCUUCAAGGAUGGCAUCCUGAAGCUUGCUGGUGAAAAAGAGACAUUGCCCCGGCCCAAAAAAUGGCCCCUUGCUAACAUCGUGGCUCCCGGCGCUCUGAGCAUCCCCAACACCUUCAUCAUGGGUGGUCCCUAUGAGGAUGAGGAUGGAGAGCUCAACAAAAGGGAGGACAGGGAGUUUAGGAUCCAAGCAGAAAGCACAAAGAGAAUCGUCUGGGACACGGAAAGGCGCUGUUACCUGGAUCCCGCUGCAGCAGUCACCCUGCAGAAGCGCAUCGCAGAGUGCCAGUACUGGCCCGUGGAGGUCUGCAGGAUGGCUGUGGUCUCCAACAAACGCAAAACCAGCAAAGCUGACAAGGGAGAUGAGGAGAAGCAGAUUUUCUUUCAUGGCGUGGCAUACGUCAACAUGGUGCCUCUGCUGUGCCCUGGUGUGAAAAAGAUCCGAGGUGCUUUUCGUGUCUUCACCUACCAAGACAGCGAGGUGUUCGAGAAGACUAAAAGCCAGCGCAGUGUUUUACGGGCUCUCAGGUCGCAGCUCAGUCUGACGAAGGAAGGGCUGUGGACCCCCGGAAUCAGUACUCCCCUUACCAGAGCUGCUCUGGGCAAGACUCAGAAGGAAGAUAAAGAGAAAAUCCCCAGAGAUAAGGAUUCCAUCAGAAGGACUUCUAAUGCGGCCAAAAUCCUGGUGUCAGAUGCCACUGCAGAAGCUGACAAUGUCACAAAUCUCAGCCCUGAUGGACAGCAAUACGCUGAAGCAGGAACGUUCCUGGUGCUGGAGAUAAAGCUGGACAAGGCCUUGGUACCCAAGCGGUUGCGAGAGGAGCUCACCAGCCGGGUCAAGCAGAUGAUUCCUCCUCGCCCACCACUGCCUCCCCGGAUGACAGGAGCCAAGAAGGCUGUGGAAGAUUAUCAUAACCACGUCACGAGCAUCGCCGUUGCCAUCCUCAGUGAAUACCAUGAGCUCUUUGGGAAGCGGCUGCCCGACCAGGGAGCAAUAGACCACCAAACCCUGGAGGACCAGAAGCGUCAGCUCAACUUUGAGCUCAACAGCUCUGGGAAAUAUUUUGCCUUUAAGGAACAGCUAAAGUACGCUGUCGUGAAGAUUGUGAGGGAGAAAUACCUGAAGACCACAGCUUUUGAGAGCCAGGAGCAAUUCCAGGCGUUUCUCAGUGAACUCUACGUGUACCUCGUGGACCAGAUGCACGUUGCCCUGAACCAGCUCCUGUCUGAGGAAGCUCCUUCUCCUGCCCCUCUGCCUCGCAUGACCGAGGAGCAGCUCUGGCUCUUUGCUCGUGAAGCUGAAGUCAACAAGGACUACAAGCUGGCAUCUCUCUACCACCAGCAGAGGGUAGCUCAGGACCAGCUCAACAUCCAGCACUGGCUGGACUACGGCGCGUUCUGCCUCCUGCUUGAGGAAACAACCAAAGCCCAGGAGUGCUUCCGCCAGGCUCUUUCUCUGGACACCCAUCACAUCCCAAGCUUGCUGCUCUGUGGGAUCACGGCUGUCGUGCUGCAGCACUAUGAAGAGGCAGAGGUUUUCUUUGAGGAUGCUUGCUGCUUGGAGCCAUCCAGCAUUGUCGCCUGGACGCUUUCAGGUUUGUUUUAUGAGCUGCAGAAUAAUACUGUUCAGGCAGAAAUGGCCUUCCGGGAGGCUAGGAAGCUACUGCAAGCACAGCUCGCCAAGGAGAGGAGCAUCCCUGAGGCUGCUGAGGGAGAAGGAGGGGAAAAGCACACUUCUGCUGCGUGUGUGAGCUCUCCCAGCCCAAGCCCAGCAGAGCCCUUGCCAGGUAACGCCCCAGAUGGCUCAGCUGAAAGGCUGCCGGAGGCGGUGGAUCCUGCCCUGGCCAGCGGAGCCCCCGAGGAAGAGGCUGCUGCGCCGGAGGCAGCCCCAAAAGCACCAUCCGCUGUUUCAGGACUCAGCCAACCUCCCUGCACAAUCUUCAUGAAGACAGUGGAAUUCCUGAUGAAAGUCAACGCCAUCCAGUUUGUUCACAUGGCGCUUGCCCACGAGCUGCUGAGCCAUCAGGGAGGUCCCUCCUGUGCCUACUACCUGGCCCUGGCACAGACCCACCUGCUGAAGGAAGAUCUCUCCAAAUGUGAGGAAUGUCUCUGCGAGGCCAUGAAGAUCGACUACAUGAAUCCAAAUGUCUGGGCUCAGAAAGGGCACCUGUGCUACCUGCAGAGGGACUUUGGCAAGGCAAAGGAGUACUACGAGCGAGCCAUGGGUUUCAUGGAGGAUGCUGCGGAUAUGCACUUCAUCUACCUGCGCCUGGGCUCCAUCUACCUGGAGGAGAAAGAGUAUCGGCGGGCGAAGCAGACCUACCUCCUCGCCUGCAAGGACUCUGCGUCCUGUCUGACCUGGCUGGGGGUGGGAAUUGCCUGCUACAGGCUGGAAGAGCUGGCGGAGGCAGAGGAUGCUCUCUCUGAAGCCAAUGCCCUAAACAACACCAAUGCUGAAGUGUGGGGAUAUCUCUCCCUCAUCUGCCUGCAGGGAGGACGGCAGCUGGAGGCAGAGCAAUGCUACAAAUACACCAUCAAGGUUUGUGUCUCUGCCCUGCUGUGGG